AUGAAAGACGAGGAACGCAUCAUCUACCGACUCGUUAAAGAUGCAAAGAACAAUGGAAUAUGGCUCAAACAGCUCAAGGAUCGCUCCGGAUUGCACACACAACUUGCCAAUACGGUGAUCAAGAAUCUGGAGAAAAAGAAUAUCAUUAAAUGGGUCAAACCGGUUAAGACUCCACAUAAGAAGGUUUAUAUGCUAUACGAGCUGGAACCUUCAACGGAACUGACAGGAGGAGCGUGGUAUACAGACAACGAGAUGGAUAUGGACUUCAUCGAACAACUGUCCAAGCAGGUUCAUAAAUAUAUCGUUAUGAAGAGCUAUCCACCAAAAAACAAAGACGCCGUAUACCCAGCAAGUCAUUCCAACUACCCCACCGCAUCCGCCAUCCACAAGUUCAUCACGCAAUCCGGGCUUACAACCGUUCCUCUUUCCGUCGCCGACGUCCAGGCCCUCCUCGACCGACUCUACUACGACGGCAAAGUGACGCGCCUGCAGAAAACUGGAUAUGCCACCAGCGAAGAGGAGGAAUCCGCAGGCGAAGAAGAAGAGGUGAUGGAUCUUGAUGAUGAUGACGAUUUCAGGGGCGGCAAGGAGACGGUCCGUGAUCUGCAGCAUCAUGCGUGGAUGUAUAAGGCUAUUGGCGGAGCGGCCAUCGAGGAGCGGAAUGCGUGGACGGAUAUGCCUUGUGGGCGGUGCCCUGUGUUUGAUUUCUGCACUGAGUCGGGGCCGGUCAAUCCUUCGAAGUGUGUGUACUUCAAGGAUUGGUUGGCCUUAUGA